AUGAAAUAUAACUCUAAUUAUCAAUUUUUGGUAAAUUUAUUGUGCAUCAAAAAUGUUAAAUAUAGGAUAAUAAAAGCCAAAUUAGAUGGUCAUACAAGUGCUUCAGUCAAUUUCUCUUCUGAUGGUACAACAAUAGCUUUUAGUGGUGAUGAUAACUCUAUCCGUCUCUGGAACGUAAAAACAUCAAAGGAAAUACUCCUAUCAGGUAGUUGCGAGAAAGAUAUUCUCACAUAGUUUAAAAUACCACUUCAGAAUAGCUCCUUAUUGUCACAUGUUUAUCCUUAUUGCACAAUACUUAGAAUGUGUUAGAAUCCUUUGUAAGAAGCUUCAGCAGCACUUAUCUUAUAAGGACAAUCUAUUAAUAAUUAUGAGAAAGAUUUAAAACCUUUGUUUAAAUCAAAAGGAAGUUGCAUCUUAGAAGACAUAAAGCAAAAAUUAAGAACAUUACAAUUAUAAUCUUAAUCAAUUUCUUUUAGUCCUUUGAAUAAUAUGUCUCUUUUGUCUUAAUUAUUGAUCUUCAUCUCUUAUGAUAGAUAAUUACAUGUUUUUCAAAAAUAUCCGUUUCAGGCAAAUGAUUACACUAUCUUAUCCCUUAUAUUAUUAAAUUAUAUUGUCAGUCUUGUGUGUAGGGUAUACUUAUUGAUAUGUCUUAAAAAACACUUAUCAAUUAUACUUUAUAGUGGCUCACCAUUUUAAGAAUUAAUGUAUUAUUUUUAAAUGAGCUCAUCAAACUAGUUCAAACUUAAAAAUAUCAACAUUCAUUAUGAAAUUAAGAAAUUGUCUAUAAUUAUUAUUGAUAUAUUCAUAUACAAUAAAGCUUACAAUAAGGAAAAUUUUUGGUCUCUCUAUUGA